GGUAAGGAAAUGCUAAACCCCUAUGAUUUGUAUCGGGGGUUUUGAGUUUGGAAAGUGGUUCUCUUCCAACCUUUUUACGAUCGGCGGCAACCAAUCAAGAAUCUAGUCCGAAAUGGGUUCAAUCGCAACAUUCUCUCUGUACUGUCAGUUACGUGUUGACAACCCCAAAUUCCCAAAACAUAGUCUUCCCAUUUCAUCAAAGCCUCAAAUCUGCGUUCAGAGACUACACCAACUCCCAUUUAAUCAAGCUAAACUUCACAUUUCCUCUAUACUCCCUUUAUCACCCAUUCCUCACGUACCCACUUCAAAUCUCUCGAAAAGGAACGAUUUCCUGGCUAAAUUUUUGUGUGAGAAACUACUUGCUUCCCUGGUUGGGGCAUUUAUUUUCAUUGGUUCUUUCGGUUUAAAUACUAAGCCGAGUUUGGCACUACCUUCUCAAACGACUGAAUCGAGUGCAAAAAUAGAGGAAAAGAAGGAUACCCAGAAAAGUGAAGAUGAGAUGUAUGAAGAAAUUUUGAAGGGGGAACCAAGGAAUGUCGAGGCGUUGAAGGUGCUUGUGUAUGGGAUGAUAAGGAGAGGAAAGACUAAGGAAGCUUUGAAGUAUGUGGACAGAUUGAUUAAUAUUGAGCCGGAGGAAGUAGAAUGGAGGCUUUUGGAGGCACUAUGUUAUGAGAUGCUGGGGCAAUUGAGUAAGGCUAAAAGGUUGUUCAAAGAAAUCUUGGAAGAGAGGCCUCUUCUGCUUAGGGCUUUGCAUGGAGCACCUGCAAUAUUCAAGGGUCUGGCAAUGGUAAUGCACAAAAACCUUGAAGGUCCAGCUGUCUUUGAGAUGCUGAAUAAGGCUCUAGAAAUUGCUUGUCGUGAAAAAAGAGUGACUGAGGAGAGAAACAUCAGAAUUCUAAUUGCACAAAUGCAUGUGGUGAAGGGGCAACUGGAGGAGGGUUUGAAAAAAUUUCAAGAUCUGGUCAAUGAGAAUCCUCGAGAUUUUCGGCCUUAUCUUUGCCAGGGAAUAAUUUACAGUCUAUUGGAUAGAAAAAAGGAAGCUGCAGAACAGUUUGAGACAUAUCAUAGUCUUGUGCCUGAUGAAUUUCCACAAAGAGGAUUUCUUGAUGAUGUUGUGUUGGCAGCGAAAACUGAGUCUCAGGAACGGUUUCAAAAGGAGUUUGUAACUGAAUUCUCAUACAGGAAGUGAAGCAACAGCUCCUCUGAUGUUGUGCUGCAGUGAUUAAUGUUUUUUAGCUGGAAGGAUGCUUUUCAUUGUAAAUAUAAUUUAUUGGGAUGAGCAACUUCUGGGACUGAUUACAGUUUGAUCUUAAGACAUCAAUCCUGGAGACGACAGUAUAUUGAGCCAAAGCUCGUUGGUUUUACUGUAUAAUUUUUAAUAGCAAUAUACGUAUAAAAACAUUUAGGCUUGGUAUGGUCAGAAUUUGGGAUUGACUUUCAAUUUCUUUGAAGUUAAUGCAUAGCAGUGAUCUAUUGUAAUCAA